GAAUUCAUCAAAUAUAAAUAAAUAAAUCAGGGUCAUGGGUGAUCUAUGUCACUUGUCUCUGAGAUGCAAUAGGGUAGUGCUAAAUAUCCUUAUUCAAAUAUUGGCCUUUGGCAUAGUGGUGCAAUCUACACAGUUUGAUAGAUGUUAUUUGAGAUCAUGUUGUCAACAAUUAGAUUUGGAGAGACAGUUAGCUAGCAUGUUAAACAAAGCUGACUAAAUCGAAUAUGAUAGAAGUUCUAGCCUCUUAACAUUAUCCAAGCAAGAAGAAUAGACAAAUUCAAGUGCAGACCUACAUUUCCACAAGGUAUCAACACUGAAUUGUACAGACUGCUCAGAGCCACAGUCCAAUCUGCUCACAGGGAAACAAAACAACUCUAGGAUUUCUUUUUACAAAACAUACUGCAUAUUGAUAAAUAAGGCUCUGGGAGGGGGCCCAAUUUUCUGAUGAGACUUUAUACAACGUGUUAGAGGGCCAUAUGUUUGUAUAGAAUCCUGAAAUAAUGUGUUAGUAUUAGUAACUAAUGCUUCACAUCUAAAUAUCUUUAGGCAUGUUCACAUUAUCAUGGAAAACUAGGAACUUGCACAGUGCGUUCUGGUGGUGGUGGGUGCAGAAACACAAGUAUAACCCCCUUGGACGCACUGUACAAAACAGCGCCACCUUAGCUAUAAUGCUAAUGUUGCUUGUAGUAGAUUUUUACGCUUUAGAAACACAAACUGUGUUUUUUAAGCAAUAUUGGUGCAUUUUACUAGCUAAAUAGGUUGUCUGUCAUUAUCUGGUCUGUGUAUGAAAGUAGCCUAAUAGGCUGUGCUAGUAUAUUGUACAGUGUGGGAAAUUCAGAGACACAAAUCAUCCAUCCAAGCACUGACAAACAGUAGCCUAAAUGGCUGCGCGCAAAAAUGGUGUGCGCAAGUAGAGGCAAAGAGGAACGAAUCUAAACUCUCAGCUCAUCCCCGCUUCGCCCUGCUGCACCGCACCACAAUGGCGAGGUGCCUGCAAAAGCAAACUUUUUUCUCAUCUGGUCUUGAUAUGAGCCCUGUUUGUCAGACAUCAAUGGGAUUCAGUUUUCCUCCAUAUUUUAGUUCAGGCAGUGGUCAGUCAAAAGGGUGGUUCCACCUACAAUGCUUAGCACCAAAUUUGAACUUUCCACGCACCCCCGUUGCAUGUUACGGACAUCGCGCAAAGCCUGCGUAAGCGCAUCACAUACACAAUAAUGGCAAGGCACGCGCAAAAGCCGUUUUUCCGCGAUAUUGUGAACACAACAUAAUAGAAAAAAGAAAAGAGUUGAUCACGAUGUUUAUUCACUUUCUCUGUGCCUUCCUUAGCAAUAAAUCCCUCCAGCUUCUCAGUAAUGCAAAAAGAGAGCGCCAUAGAAACGGAGCCAGAGAGAGAUGAAAAGGGAGGUGGGAGAGAGCAUGCGCUUCUGGUCCGCCCCCAAGUUACAGCACGAGCCAUUUAGCGGUGCGAGCUGGGCCAGCUGUAGAGCGCGCGGGUGCGUGUGUGUGUGCCCCCCCAACCAACCCUACCCCCACGCACAGAAAAUCAUUACCAAAUACAGAGCCUGAGCGCACGCGGAGCGAUGGCUGCAGAGGCAGCACGCCUGGAUUGUGUUUACGACGCAAAACCCGAGAGCGCCGUAACCCCGGGAAGAACGCACACCGUCCGCAAUUCGUUUUUAAGCGCACAGUUAUUUACACGCAGUGUCUACGAGUGAGCCCGUCUCCUUCCCCCAGAGACGAUUCUGAACUGUCCUGCCUUCUUAAUCGUUGAUUUGGAGCGCAGCUGCAAGGGACACCGACCAGCCUCCCUCCGUUAUCACAGAUGAGAAGAGCGAGCAAACCCUGGAAACGUGAUUUCAUUUCAAUCGUCAAAAGAUCACGCACGACACGCCAUCGCGCUGUGUCUGGAAUCUAGAACGGCCCAGUAGAUCCGGUCCUGUCCCCAUCCAGAGGCGCUGCACCUACAGCUGCGGACCAGACAGCAUCUCUUCAUCCUACCCAGUAUCCCCCUCUCUCCCUCCCCGCUUGCGCCUGUCUCAUCCCAUCACACACCUGAGCUCAUCUAGUCGGGGACCACAGGGGAGGAGGGAGGCUGCUCGUGGCUACGGUAGACGCACCCUCCGCGUGGUGAGGCUGGGCUGAAGCGCCACUGUGUUGGAGGAUGCUGCGGGAGUAGAGCGGCUCAGAGCGGAAGAUGGGGAAGGACCAGGAACUGCUGCAGGCGGUGAAGACCGAGGACUUGCUCACCGUGCAGAAGCUGCUGCAGAGGCCCCGUCCAGGGAAAGCAAAGCUCCUUGGUUCUGCAAAGAAAGUGAAUGUCAACUUCCAGGACACAGAUGGGUUUUCUCCACUGCAUCAUGCGGCUCUCAAUGGCAACCUGGAGCUCAUCUCUCUGCUGCUGGAGUCACAGGCUGCUGUUGAUAUCAGAGACCAAAAAGGUAUGCGGCCAUUGCACUACGCAGCCUGGCAGGGGAGGGCAGAGCCUAUGAAGCUGCUGCUGAAGUCUGGUUCAUCUGUAAAUGGCCAGUCAGAUGAAGGACAGAUUCCUCUUCACCUGUCAGCACAGCAUGGUCACUAUGAUGUGUCUGAGAUGCUGCUGCAGCACCAGUCCAAUCCCUGUAUCGUAGAUAAUGCAGGGAAAACACCUCUGGACCUGGCCUGUGAAUUCGGCAGAGUUGGGGUGGUCCAGUUGUUGCUGUCCAGUAACAUGUGUGCUGCUUUGCUGGAGCCCAAAAAAGGAGACACCACUGACCCAAAUGGGACAUCUCCUCUUCACCUAGCUGCCAAGAACGGACACAUAGACAUCAUCAGACUGUUGAUUCAGGCAGGUAUCGACAUCAACAGACAGACCAAAGCCGGCACUGCCCUGCAUGAAGCUGCCCUCUGUGGCAAGACCGAGGCAGUGAGACUCCUGCUGGAAAGUGGUAUCAAUGCGACAGUGAGGAACACCUACAGCCAGACUGCACUGGAUAUUGUCUAUCAGUUCACUGCAACACAAGCCAGCAGAGAGAUCAAACAGCUGCUGAGGGACGCAUCAGCAGCCCUUCAGGUUCGAGCUCUGAAAGAUUACUGCAACAACUACGACCUGACCAGCCUCAAUAUCAAAGCAGGAGAUGUUAUUACGGUUUUGGAGCAGCAUCCUGAUGGACGCUGGAAAGGCUGUAUUCAUGACAACCGAACAGGAAAUGAUCGAGUGGGCUACUUCCCGUCCACCAUGGUGGAGGUCAUCAGCAAGCGCACAGGUUUGGCCAGCACAGUCAUUUGCACUCAACAGUUUCAAAAGAUACCGCUGGUUCCCCCGGCGACGCUUGCCCCUGCCAACGCGGUAGUCAACGGCAACGACACCACGUUCCAUCAGAUCCAUAUCCUGCCUCCACCGCCUCCUCCUCCACCACAUUCCCAUCAGCCACUGCUUCCACUUUUCACUUCCUUUGGCUAUAACAGGUCGCCCGUGACAACCCCACAGGGAGACACACCCACUGCCCCAGGUUGUCGUGGCUCAGAGGCAAGUCCUCACAGCUCUCCCACACCAUCCACCGGGCCCCAUGGAGGCUCCAACGAAGAGAUCUGGGUACUGCGCAAGCCCGUGGCAGGUGGAGAUCGGAGCAGCGGGGGUAGUUCAGGUAGUGUGACAAGUGUGAGGUCAUCAGGCAGCGGUCAGAGCGCCGGUAGUGCCGCACACAUCCUCCAUGCUCAGGCUGAAGGGGUGAAGCUUCUAGCCACCGUCUUGUCCCAGUCUGCCAAAGCUAAGGAGCAUCUGCUGGAGCAGUCCAAGUCUGUAGAUCAAUCUGCAGGAUCCACCAGCUCCUCUCGGACAUCUAGCCAGUCAGGCUGUCCGCUCCAUGAAGCGCCACCCUACGACACCACGGCAACCAGGAAGGGGGAGGGGCCAGGCGAGGGGAAGAGCUCAGAGGCCGUUGUCCAAUGGCUGAGCGACUUUCAGCUCCAGGUCUACGCUCCAAACUUCCUGGGCGCUGGGUAUGACUUGCCCACCAUAAGCCGAAUGACCCCGGAGGAUCUGACAGCUAUUGGAAUAACUAAACCAGGUCACAGAAAGAAGAUGACAUCAGAGAUUAACAAGCUAAGUGUCACAGAAUGGCUGCCGGAGCAGAAACCUGCCAGUCUAGGAGAGUGGCUGUCUGCCAUUGGUCUAAGCCAGUACCACCAGGUGUUAGUGCAGAACGGUUAUGAGAACAUCGACUUCAUCACUGACAUCACUUGGGAGGACCUGCAGGAAAUAGGCAUCACUAAACUGGGCCACCAGAAGAAACUGAUGAUAGCGGUAAAGCAACUGGCUGAAAUGCAGCGCAGUUCAGAGGGGCGGGCCUCCCUCAGAAAGAAGCCCCCACCAAUCACACAACAGCAGGAAGUCAUGUCAAUGGACAGCCCGCCUCCAGACGAGGUCAUGUCUCCAAAGAUGAGCACCUUCCAGGACAGCGAGUUGAGCACGGAGCUACAGAGUGCCAUGACCCAGCCAGGUCAGGAGAUCAAAGCUCAGCGAACUCGUACCCUCAGCAAAGACCAUGAUGAGGUGAUGACAGGAGGAGGAGGUGCUGGGCCACCCAAGAAGGAGGCGCGGACUAUGAGACAGCAGAGCAGCCAGGGAAGCACGUCCUCCCACAGAGGCGGUGUCUCCUCUCAAGGCAAACACCGUCACUCCCACUCUCAGCCUGCUCCUCCCUACACACCUCCUCACACCCCUACAAAGACUAGAACCUCAUCUUCUUCCUCCACCUCCUCUGCCCAGAGCACAGCUUCCCCACCAGCCAAAACAAAGCCAUCCCCCCACUUUUUUCAGGGGGAGAGACCUCAGUCGCCACGCUCCCACCCCCACCCUCCUCAGUCUCCCACCCACCGCGGAGCUCCAUGUACCCAGCUUCAGCCCCAGCAGCAGGCGCAGCCUCAAGUCCAGCUACAACACCAGGCACACCCUCAACACCAUCCACAGAUGCAGGUGAUGGAGGUCAGGGAAAGCCAACAAUCACAGGUCCCACUCCUCUGUCUCCCACCAGAGGCUGAGCUGGCUGAGCUGGCUGAGGGAGAAGGAGCAGACCCCACGGCACUCCAGAAGAAACAUGCCCACACCCUUCACCGAUAUGCCAUAUCCGAUGGGGAGUGUGAUCAGAGGGCAGGGGGAGCAGGAGGAGGAGGAGGAGGAGGAGGAGGAGAAGCAGAGGUAGCAGGAGGUCAGGUCUCAGCCGUUGUCAAAGGGGAAGGAGGUAAAUAUGCCACAGUGACCCAUCGUGUCAGCCGCAGCCACUCUGUCCGCAACCAGGAAAAGAAUACCAGUCGCAGUCAGACGCAGUCCUUCGCUCUGCGUCAGAAGAAAAAAGGCCCACCCCCACCACCUCCCAAACGCUCCAGCUCUGCCAUUUCCAGUUCCAACUCCAACCUGACAGAUGCCAACGCACAGCAGCAUACGCUCACCACCACAGGGGGCAUGCUGGAUGUGCCUUAUCACCAACAGAGACGGGCCAGUGACCUGGGGGUGUCCGUGGAAACAGGUGCUGUGGAGACGAGCAGCAUGGGUAGUGUUAGAAGCAUCGCUGCUAUGUUGGAAAUGUCUUCAAUAGGGGGUGGACCCAAAGGCAUGGCACUGCAGAAGAAUUACCUGCAGGUGGGAAAAACCCGUGAUGCCAUUGGCCUGGACGGCGAGGUGGUGAACCGACGGCGGACCAUCAGUGGCCCUGUCACCGAGCUGGUAGCAGCUGCUCGGCGUGACCAGCCAACUCCCUACACUUUCCCCUGUCCUUCUACCCAGCCAGAAACCUCCCCAUCUGCUAUAAAUUCCUUCUCACCCAAUCCUCCAUCUUCACCUGACCCCAGCACGGGAGGCAGUGGCAGUUCAUCGGAGAACCUACCAUUUGCAGAGGAAGGAAGCUUGACCAUCCGCCGCCAGGGUCGAGGAGAAGAAGGACAGUGUGUAUUUUGUGUCUGUCUGCAGGGUGACAGCGAGGGUCCGCAGGGGGAUGGUGGUUAUUCGCAGGAUGAUGUCUCCAGGGUCGAAACCACAGCGAACUUCAAGCGCCGGCCCCACACCUCCAAACCCUACCCCAAUGGCUCCGACUUCAUCCUCCAGGAAUCGUCCACUGUCAAACGACGGCCCAAGAGUCGUGACAAGGAGCCUGAGACCUACGCAGACCUGGCCACAGCCAACGGUGAGCCUGCAGGCGCUGGGACAGCAAACACCACGCAGCCAGUACCUUACCAGAAUGGUACUGCCACAGUGAAACGUCGCCCUGUUUCUGAUGCUGGAGUGACAGAGCAGCCGCAACCUCAUCAAUCUCAACCGCAAAUGGCUACAGCACCACCUCACAGAGACAGUAUGGACCAAGAAGCUCCAGUGGGCAGUGAAGGAGGUCCAGUGAGGAAACCAAAGCCUCCAGUUUCCCCCAAGCCUGUAGUGGCACAGAUAAAGAGACAAGGAGGCCCACAGACCCCCCCGCAGCCUGCCUCCAACAAGAGAGUCCCCCUGCCAGGCCCUGGGACACCUGGGAGCCCAGUGGAAGGUAAGAAGAUUCCUCCACCGGUCUCGCCCAAACCAGUGCCCCCGCCCACGGCACCCAAACCGGCUAAACUCAUCCACUCCAUGACCAGUCCCCCCUCGCCAACCCUGGCCACUGUUCCAGUCAAACAUUCUGCGGUGGCCCGACAGACCAGCUCACCGUCAUCCUUCCCCACUUCCAAAACUCCCAGCCCACCAAAUGCAAAGUUGCCCAGCCCGUCUUCCCAGAGCCCCCACACCCCACAGACCCCCACCACGCCACAGACACCCCAGACUCCUGCCACUCCUAGCCCUACUCCCCCACCUGUCAAACCCCCCCGCUCCUCCAUUGGUGGUGUGUCAGUGGACAGCGGGAUGGUGGGAGGUGGGGUCACGGCACCUCCAGCUACAACAACACCUGACUUCAAUGUGGAUUCUCUGGUGCAUCAGAAGCUGGAGGAGACGAGCGCAUCGCUGGCAGCCGCGCUGCAGGCUGUAGAGGAUAAGAUACUGCGACAGGAGGACUCUGUGGCUGAGCAGAAAACCACGGUCAGCAUCCUCGAUGACAUCGGCAGCAUGUUUGAUGACCUGGCCGACCAGCUGGAUGCCAUGUUGGAGUAAGCACAGAAACCAGUCAGUGUGUCUCCAUGGCAACACAGCAUCAGGAGCAACUUAGAUGGCACGACAGGCAACACGCCUCUCUAUUUCUCUCUCCUUCUCCUCAUCCUUCUCUCUCUGUCAUGCUUGUUCUCACUCGUCACAUCGUCAGUCCAUCCGUCGCUGCUCUGGAAACCCCUCUUCUCUUCUCUUCUCUUCUCUUCUUCCUCUCAUCCCCUCUAUCUCCUUAUGAUGAAAAUGAUGAUGGAGCAGUGCCACAGGCAUGGACAGACUGAGUGCAAGAAUGAAGGAUGGAUAAAGAGAGAGGUGCUAACAGAGAGAGAGGGGAAAAAGGACCAAAAAACUCAUGGGGGGGAACAUUUUUACAAAAUCACCAGUCGGAGAAAUGAAGAAAUGCAACAACAUGGAGGAGACUGCAAUCAAUACGUGGCUCUUUUAAAGACUCCACGUGGACUUGAACACAUAAACUGAACUAAUACUGAUUGAACCAACUGUGUAAUGAAUCAUAGUAUGGUAUGUGUACAUUCUAAGCAUGGAGAGUUUAUAUCUACUGAAAAAGACCUGCAUUAGCACAGUAAUAUAUAAUAUACUGAUAAAUAUGAAUCUCUAGCUCUUUGGUUUCAUGUCUUGGUUCUGUGUGGAAUGGUGACCUCUGGUGUUGUGAUGAUGUAAAUGACUUGGUGGAAAAAGAUUUUUAACUGUGACCAAAAUGAGACCAUUCAGCUCCUGAGGGUGUGUGUGUGUGUGCGUGUGUGUGUAUGUGUGUGAGACAGAGAUAGGGACAUGUGUGUACAUGAGCUUGUGGAUCAAAAUCAGUUUCCUGUCCUGGCUGCAUCCAUACACUCUGUCACUUCCUCAGCACCGCCUUUAACACACACUCAUAUACACAAGAGAAGCACAAUGAUCCAUGCAACCACACACACACACACACACACACACACACGCACACACAGAGGAGGCUGCACAGUAUAAACUAAAUCCUGAGUGGAGCAGUGGACAGAAUGAGAAAACUGCAGGAAAGCUACAGCAUGUCGUCUCAGCAGGCUUUAGGUCUAGAAGAUAAAGUUGGCAUGACAGAAAGUUUUAGAAAAGGAUUUCAGGAUGCAUUUGAAAAAGGGUGGGUUUUAGGGUCAAAGGUAAAAUUAGACUUAAUUAGUCAAAACAGAAGGGGCAAACAGUGCAAUACAAGCACCAGAGUCAGAGCCUUGUUUCCUCAGAAUGAACUCAAUUCAGCAAUUUCAAAUCUUGCCCAGUGUCUGCUGUUUUCAAACACAAGGGAUUGUAGGAAACAGAUUUCCUAGAGAUAAGUGAAGGAAACUAAAUUCACUGUUAUUAUAGAAACCUUUUGCUUACUUACUUUGAAGUAGGGAUAAACCGAACCAGCUCUUUCUCUUCCAUUACUGAUCCAACAUUAGUUCCAAGUCGAAAGAUCCCCUCCAGACAUGUUUUAAGGCAUACAGAACUGGACUGAUUUGAAUAGUAUUUGUAUCAGAUGUGGUUAUUCCACAAGAAAAGUUCAGUUACCUGCUUAAACAGUUUUUAAAAUUACAUCUAAACCUCUUCCUUUAAAACCCAUCAUCUGUGAACGUGCAAAUAUUUUGCUUCUCAAGAUUGGCUUCUCAGGAUUUUGGCAAAAUCAGUUGUGGUGUCACAAACUCCUGCAAGCACGUUCUGUGCUUUAAGGUGAGCACAGAGAAACGGUGUCCCUGUCAAUCAGCAGAUGUUUGGCCUUCUGGUGUCAAACACUGCACCUACAUCAUUCUGUACAGUGAGACUCAAGCAUCAAAGUGGACAAUCAACAAAACAGAUUUCUGACUGGAGGCCGCUUUAAAAUCUAAAAACUGUACUGUAGGAGAAUCAGUGGAGCUAUUGCCAGGCCAGGGAUUACUGUGGCACUGAUACAUGAGCUGUGACACUACAUUUUAUAAUAACAAAAUAACAGUUAAUAAUACACAGUUAAAUGUGACAAAGAACACAUCCAGUUGAUAAGGUCAGUAUCAGCCCGAUACUGGUACAUCCAUACUUUUAAGAUCCUAUAUUGAUUUGCACUUUCCAAAUUGAUUACAUCCUAUCACCACCACCACUCUCCCAACCACCCACCCUUCGUUUGCCUGACAAUCUACAUCAUCACCCCCGCCAUCCUCAUCAGCAUCACCAUGGUUGCUACACAGCAUGUUGCCAUGACAAUGUGUUCAUGAGAGUUAUUUAAAAAAAGUGUUGAAGUGAGUGGCAGCAGAGAUCCGUGAAGCUGGAUGGUUUGUUUUAAUAUAAUAUUAAAAUAUUAAAAUGUACCGGGAACUGCAUCUAGAGAGGUGACACUCUGAUGUCUCAUUUGCACCUCAGCCCAUUGAGAAAUCUCAGUUUCACAGUCCUACAGAAGCUACACUGCUAAUAUAAAAAAAUAAGAAUUCAGAGAUUAGCUGUGGUAUUUAAAUUAUGAUCACAUAGAGAUUAUAUAAGGAUAUUUGCAAAAAUAUAGAAAUAAGAAGUGUAUUUAUGAUGUGUGUGUCAUCCUGAAGACUAUUUUUCAAAGUAAACAGAUCUAAUUAGGGUGUUGAACCAGUUUGCUACUCCAUGCUUAAGUGGUCUGAGCUGAUGAAUCAUUGUAGGAUACCAUGUUGGGAUAUUUCCAGGAAGCAAUUGUUUUUUUCUUUGUUUUUUUUUUUUAAGUUUUUCCUCUGCUUACAUGUGUCCAGGUGUGGCGAUGUGUAUAAUACAAGCAGUUCUUGUUGUUUAGUUGUAUUAUUUUGGUAUUGUUUUAAAUGCAGUGUUCAGUUCUUUUUCUUUGAAACAUGUGCCUUGCUUUGUGAUUUUGGUCUGACUACAAUACAGUAGAUGGGUAUGUACAACAAACGGGGAUCUAUCUCUUAUUCUGUUUUGCUUCAUUAUUUGAUAUGUCAUCAUAAAAAAAUAUAAAAUCAUCAGACCUAAAUAAAAGCCAAGUAAAAUCUUUC